AUGACGGCGCUGGUUCCUCGGUGGGGCAGCGAAGAACGCAGGGUGGUCGACUCAGUCGGUAGACAGCGGGGCGUAGAAGUUAUCCGCGUCUCCGUGGAGAAAAUCCUUUCUCCCUACUGCAGGUAUCGGGUGAGAGUGCUGGGUUGCAAACAGCAGUCUCUCGCGGAUCCGGUAACGUUACGGUGUUCGGAUGAACACGGGUCGAGGUCUCGUCUCGUCCAGCGAGGGGAGAUACUCCAAAAGAAAAGGGGGAAUAGCACACGUGUACAAGUCCCUUUCGUUGGCGAUCCAGGUGAUCAACAUCAGAUUGACUGUUUAAAGAAAAAGCUUGCUAGCACUCUAGAGGUCAACAAGGCUCUCUCCAACGAAGUAAGAAAUCGUGAAAUGCGGGUACAGAGCAAUGCUAAAACUGCACACGAGGAAAGGGCCGCUUUAAUUGGACAUAUAAAUAAAAUGGUUGAGAAGCACAAACCACAGAAAGCAAAAUCAACCAGUAACCUAGGCUGUGUCCCAGUUAAAUUGCCACCUAUUAAAAAGCCUCAUCCUCCUACAGAACAGCAGCAGCACUUUUUAAGCUCAGAGCUCAGACGGCUCAGCAGUUAGCACAGCGGCCUCAUAUCCCGCCUUCCACAUGCCCACAUUCAACCAUUAAUGGUCAAUGCAAAAGCAUUCAUGAAUAUAAAAAAUGCAGAUAAUUGGGCUCCCAGUAGAAACCUGCUGAACAACU